AUGGAGACACUCCACGUUCAGACUCUGCAGGAAUCGGUGACAUUCAGAGAUGUGGCUGUAGACUUCUCCCAGGAGGAGUGGAACUGGCUUCAGCCUACUCAGAGAGAUUUGUAUAGAUGUGUAAUGUUGGAGAACUACAGCCAUCUGGCUUCACUGGCAGGUCUUUCCAUUUCUAAGCCAGAUGUGGUUUCCUUAUUGGAGCAAGGGAAAGAGCCCUGGCUGGGAAAAGGAGACGUGAGCAGAGAUCUCCCUUCAGUGUCAGAGUCAAGUGUUGAGAUCCAAGAAGUUUCUCCAGAAGAUGUUAUUCAUGAUGACUCAUCCCAGUAUUUGAUAAUGGGAAGAAUACUAAGCCAAGGUCCCAUGUAUUCCAGCAUUAAAGGAACCUGGAAAUGCAAGGGUGGUCCUGACACACUUCAAGGAAAUCGGGGAUGUACUGCGAAAGUGGCAGACCUUCACCAAGAAGCUCUGCCUCGACACGUGWGUAUCUGUGCGGUAGAAAGGCCCUAUGGAUGCCGCGAGUGUGGGAAGACAUUCAGUCGGCGGUUUUCCCUCGUGUUACAUCAGAGAACUCACACUGGAGAGAAACCGUAUGUGUGUAAGGAAUGUGGCAAAACCUUUAGCCAGAUUUCAAACCUGGUGAAACAUCAGAUGAUACACACAGGGAAGAAACCCCACAAGUGUAAGGACUGCAAUAAAACCUUUAGUUACCUUUCCUUCCUUGUUGAGCACCAGAGAACACAUACUGGGGAGAAACCCUACGAAUGUACUGAGUGUGGAAAGGCCUUCAGCCGUGCUUCCAAUCUCACCCGACAUCAGAGGAUUCACAUAGGGAAGAAGCAGUAUGUUUGUAGGAAAUGUGGGAGGGCCUUCAGCAGUGGCUCUGAACUUAUUCGCCAUCAGGUGACACACACUGCAGAGAAGCCUUACGAGUGCACCGAGUGUGGGAAGGCGUUCCGGCGCUCCUCACACCUCACUCGACAUCACAGCAUCCACACGACCAAGACCCCCUACGAGUGCCCUGAGUGUCAGAAGGCGUUCCGUUGCCACUCGUUCCUCACAAAACACCAGAGAGUCCAUGCUGGAGAAAAGCUCUACGAAUGCGACGAAUGUGGAAAAGUCUUCACUUGGCAUGCGUCUCUCACGCAGCACACGAAGACCCACACUGGAGAGAAGCCCUACACCUGUGCUGAGUGCAACAAAGCCUUCAGCAGGAGCUUCUCCCUCAUUCUGCACCAGGUGACUCACACUGGAGAGAAGCCUUUUGUUUGCAAAGUGUGCAACAAAUCCUUCAGCUGGAGUUCAAACCUUGCUAAGCACCAGAGAACACACUCACUGGACAACCCCUAUGUUUAUGAAAAGUCAUUUAAUUAUCACUCUUUUCUUGCUGAACACACUAUAAAGAAAACCUAAGAACAAAUUCAUCAGUAAACAGCAAAAGAGAGAACAGUUUUCUCAUAAGCA